AUGUCUCGAUUGGUGAGAUGGCUGAAGCGGCAAGCAGACCACAAUGCCGUCUCCUAUUCGCGAUUCGGAUUGCCAGGAGAGGAAACCGAUGAUCGACCACCGCCAUCUGAGAUCCAUGUGGCUCCGUUCGAUGAGACGGCCAAAGAGUUUAUGCUCUGUGGCGUCCAUUCUCAGCGAAUGGCUUUGAUGUCGUCAGGCGUUGGAAUGGCCAUGACACUUUUCGUCUUUGUUUCGAUUUUCUUCGAAUUCGACUGGUAUCACCACGAAAAGGGUGUUGAUGUAGCUACAUUGGGAUUUCUUGUGAUAUUCUUUUUGAUGGGAAUGCUGAUACACUAUCAGGUGAUCGUUGGAGUCAGAAAUGGAUCCGCGAAACUGCUGAUUCCUUUUCUCAUCGUCUACCUAAUGCUCGUUUCAUCGGAAGCGCUUAUGUGCAUGUUCAUGAUAAUCCACCUUCUCACUGGUGCCACAACUAUGCAAAUUGAUGGAGUCCAGGCAACCACAAAUGUCUUCAUUUUCGCCCUUAUCUUUUACGGAGUCUUGAUCGCUUUUCAAGGAAUGAUGCUCGAAUCAGUCAGUCGUUGUCGUCAAUAUCUGUCAAAGAAGCAAAUUCACGUGCUUGAGCUUCAAAUCGCCGGGAAUAGCAAGAGCCGAAACCCGGGACUCGAAAGUGGUUUUGGGAAACUCGGAGCCGACCACCAAUGUCGGAGUGGCCAAUGGAGUCAUCGGCUCACCGCCUGCAUG